AUGGCGGCUAAGGCUUCGUUGAAGGUCAAAGCCAAAGGAAAAGGGUCCAAGGGAUCAUCUUCUUCCUCGUCAUCAAAGUACGAGCUCUUCAAGGAUUGGACCAACUGGUCGCUGAAGAAAGCCAAGGUCGCGACUCACUAUGGAUUCAUCCCUCUCAUCAUCAUCCUCGGCAUGAAGUCAGAUCCAAAUACUCACCUUUUCCAGCUUCUCAGCCCCGUUUGAUCUUCGCAAUGUUUUAGUCCUUUUACUUCCCCAAUUCUGUUCUGUUUUUUUUUUUUUAAUCUUAUUUUAUGAAAAUGAAUGAUUUUGUUUGUUUCUGAAUCUAUAUAACUCAAAGUUUCGUUUU